UCUACCUUUCCAAUAAAACUGCACAACAUCAUGUCACACUCUAUUUCCAAAUAUACUGUAUAAUUUUCUGUGAUAUGGCAGCAUCCAAUUCUGUGAUUGCUCCGGAGUUUAAAGUUGAGGUCUUUUCGUCGUCGGAGGAGUUAGUGUCAAAGCUGCAAGAGAAAUGGUCAGGGAAGCCAAAGCCAUACCCUGCAAUGUAUUCCAGUGUGUUUGGUGGCAUCAUUCUCGAUCCAGCCAUGAUGCUCAUCCCGAUAGACGAUCACAUGGUUCAUCGAGGCCACGGUGUCUUUGACACGGCUAUCAUACACGACGGCUACCUUUAUGAGUUGGAUGUGCACCUUGCUCGGUUCCUUAGAUCAGCAUCAAAGGCCAAGAUUGUGUCUCCAUUUCCUGAAGCCACUCUUAGAAGCAUUCUCAUCCAACUAGCUGCAUCGUCCGGCUGCAGGGACGGCACGCUCAGGUACUGGCUGAGUGCGGGGCCGGGAAACUUCUCGCUCUCCCCUACUGGGCUCCCCUCGUCUGCCUUCUAUGCGGUGGUCAUAGACGGGGGGUUCGAGCAGUACAGGGAGGGCGUGAAGGUGAUAACCUCGAGUAUCCCGAUGAAAUCGCCCCUCUUUGCCACGAUGAAGAAUGUGAACUACCUCCCCAAUGUGCUUGCCAAGAUGGAGGCAGAGGAGGCGGGGGCCAACUCCUCCGUGUGGGUUGAUGAGGGGGGCUACAUCGCGGAAGGGCCCAAUAUGAAUGUGGCCUUCAUCACCCGUGAUGGGGAGCUCGUGCUGCCAACCUUCGACAAGAUCUUGAGUGGCUGCACGGCCAUGAGGCUCCUGCAGCUGGCGCCUCAGCUAGUCGAGCAGGGGAGGCUGAAGGGCGUGAGGUUGGCAGCUGUGAGCGCGGACGAGGGCAAGAAGGCUGCCGAGAUGAUGUAUGUUGGAAGCUCACUCCCUAUACUGCCCAUCAUCAUGUGGGAUGGCAACCCUAUUGGAGAUGGUAAUGUGGGAGAAUUGACAAUGGCGCUCUCGGAUUUGCUGUGGGAGGACAUGGUUGCUGGCCCUGAAACACAGAGGAUUCCAGUUUCUUAUGCCUAGAAUUUGAUCCUAUUGCUUUGUGAUUGUCAUGUUUAUGUUCAAGAAAAUAAGUUGUAGUGUUUCAAACAUUAUCCUCUGUUUUUAUCCAUUUUCACUUUAAUUUCCAGAA